AUGUCGUCUGGAAUCGGAGAACAGCCGUUUAUUAGCUAUCCAGAGAUUCGUCAAGGCCCUGCUGUGCCCUACAAGAAUGAGGACCAGUCGAUCCCUGUCUUUCGAGGCACCCCUCUGGUGAUUGGAGCUUCACUGAUUUCAAAUGUCGGUUUCGUCCAGAGCUACUUCUGGCGCAAUGCAGGUUUUGACGUCGUCCGCCAUAUCCCCAGCCUUGACCAAUAUCCCGCCCGCUACGAUCCGACCGUGAUCCCUGUUCACCACGGUACAACGACUGCUUCGCAGGAUCUUCCUGCUCCGACUACAAGGAGAUCAGGCGACAAUGGCUACUACACCUCUGCCGAUUACCACGCCUUAUACACCUCCGGUGAAUUGACACCAACUGCGGUCGUUGAUGCAAUCCUCCCCGUCGUCCGUCGCGAUACCAACCCUCCCGGCAAGCACUCCAUUGCAUUCCUGGAAUGCGCGGUUGAAAAGGCUCGCGCUGCAGCCGAAGAGUCUACGCAAAGAUAUAAAAAUGGCCAGCCGCUAGGACCCUUGGACGGGAUCCCAGUCACAGUAAAGGACGAAGUGCACAUGGAAGGGUACCGGCGGACACUGGGGACGAAGAUGGAUUUCACAGGAGAUUUCGCUGGAUCGACCUCCUGGUGUGUCAAGAAAUGGGAAGAAGCAGGCGCGAUUGUAAUCGCCAAGUCCACAAUGCAUGAACUAGGAUUGGAUACAACAAACAACAAUCCCAACUUCGGCACCCCAAAGAACCCACACAAUCCCAACUACUACACUGGCGGCUCGUCCGGCGGCUCCGCCUACGCCGUCGGUGCAGGUAUAGUCCCAAUUGCCCUCGGCGCAGACGGCGGAGGCUCAAUCCGUAUCCCCUCUUCUUUCUGCGGCGUCUGGGGCCUAAAGCCCUCCCACAGCCGAGUCAGCGGCUUCCCUACUGCUGGUCUUGCAACCACAGUGGGAGUCCUAGGCCCCAUCGCCUCGAGCAUCGACGACCUAGCCCUUGCCUACAGAAUCAUGGCAACGCCUGCAAGUGCAUCCGACGACUCCAAAUCCAGCUCCUUCCCACACCCACUCAUCGAACUCAAUUCGGUACCCCCCGAAUCCCGGCCCAAGAACAAAACUAUCGGCAUCAUGCGCGACUGGCUCGACCGCGCCGAACCCGCCGUCCGCGCCGUCUUCGACAGAGCCCUCGACUACUACCGCACGCAAAAGAACUACACCAUCGUGGACAUUACAAUCCCAUACAUCCCCGAAGGUGCCCGCGCACACGUUCUAACCAUCAUGGCCGAGAUCGCAUCGGGCCUCUCGCCUUCACAGAUCUCCAAGCUCACUGCGCCAAACAAAGUUCUCGUCUCAAUGGGCAUGCACCAGAUCUCCAGCCAGGAGUUCCUCGCCGCCCAGCGCGUCCGUGGGCUACUCAUGUCGCAUCUCGGUUACCUGUUCCAGAAAUACCCUGGCCUGCUCAUCUUCACCCCCACGACGCCGAUUCCCGGGUGGAAGAUCUCGGGCGGUGAUGCGGAUCUCGUCCGUGGUGUCUCGGACGGGAAGUCGUCUGUCCGCAAUAUGGAGUAUGUCUGGUUGGCGAACUUUACGGGUUGCCCAGCCAUCAAUUGCCCUGCAGGAUACGCGGAGGAUAAUGGGCACCGUGUGCCUAUCGGUAUCAUGGCAAUGGGCGAGUGGGGAUCAGAGGAGGAUCUGAUUGCUUUUGCGAGAGAUGGGGAGGGAAUCCUAAAUCUUCCAGAGAAUAAGGGUCCCGUGACAGAGUCUGGGGAGCACGCGACAGGUCUGACAAUCCCACGUGGUGCUGAUUCUUUGUGGGAGGAUGUUGUUGGGAAUGCCAAAGCAGCAUCCAGUUCGUGA